AUGUCUGCCAAAUGGUUGGCUAUUAUUCUCGUCAUAGUCUGUUGCCUUGCUGGGGACAGUGAAGAAUUCCCCCAGCAGGACAAACGCAUUUCCGAAAGAAUCAGUAAAGGCGGUGACAAAUCUUCUUCUUCUUCAUCAUCAUUGGCAACACUGGAAGACGAGAAUUGCGCAUGCAGUUGCGGCGUUUGUUACACCAAACCCGAAUGGCGUCCCCCAGCACAACCCAACUGCACCACCUUUUGCAUUUAUCGAGUCAAGCACUACGAGCCUUGCUUUUCGGGCGACAUCUGUGCGCCACUGGACUUUGUUCCCGUCUAUGACUACUACCAGGUGCAGUUCUAUAAUGGGGACUAA